AUGAAGAGCGACGCCCUCGCAGAAGACCACUCGAGUGAAUCUAGAAAAGGCAACUUGAGUGAGCAAGUGCUUUCCAGAUUACGUACGAGUGUUGUGGCGCUGGCCUCAUUCCAUGGUGAUACCCUAUUACGUGAAUGCACAGGCAUAUGCAUCGACACCUCAUGUCCCGGAGUUACAAGUUUCCUGACAUCGAUUGAUUUGAUUCCACAUACUUGGCCUAGAAAGAAGAUCUUUCGGAAAUUGAGUAUUAAAGUACGCCUUCCGGAUGAUAGGAUUGUCACCGGGCGGAUACAGAAUCCUGAUAUUUAUCAUGAUUUUUUCGUGGUCGACGUCGCAAAACUGUCGGGGUUUGAACCUGUAAGUCUUGAUCGGGACAUGAAGUUUGAGGCUUACAGGAAGGUUGCGGCGGUAUGGCGCCAUUUCGAUUCAGGAUCAUUAGAGCACAGAAGCGGAGUAGAUCUUUCCUCUCCAAUUGCUCCAACCUUUAAUCCACUGCUAAGCACGUGCAGGAUCCACAAGGUCGGGAUUGGAGGCCCCCUUGUUGAUUUUGAUGGCAACUUUGUUGGGAUGAACUGCUCUCGUACCGAAGAAAAAAAGACCCCCUACAUACAAAGACCUUUCUAUCUUCGAUUCUUGUGGAUUCACGAGAUGAUAAAGGUUGAUGAUGCUACAAGAGCAAGAAUCGAAUAUGAGAUGGAAGAACCAGGUCUCAACAUGAUAAUGACAGGAGGCAAGCGUAUCAUUAAUGGUCUCGAACAGACAUUCUGCAAGGAUAUCUUUAGAAAACCAUUAAAAAGUUUUGAUUUCGAAAUGAAUCGAUGUGCUGCCUCACUAUCUUCAAAAUCAAGGAAACAUCUUGCUUGGAAAAUGAAUCAUAGUGUUGUCUCACUUGCUUCAUUCGACGGAUGUGCAAAAAAAAUUGCUUGCAGUGGUGUAUUUAUAGAGUGCAAUGCGCGCUCUGCAACAAUUCUGACUUCGGCAAGUUUGCUUAGAGUUUCUGGCGAACCACAUAGGAUUGAAGAUAACUUGAGGAUCGAAGUUUGCCUUCCAGAUGAUUUUCGAGUAGUAGGGGUAUUGAACCGUUAUAAUUUACAUUACAACAUUGCUCUUGUUGAAAUCAUGGGAUACUGGGGUGCUCGCGCGAUAAAAAUCAGUGGGCAUCAACUUACCUCAUCUAUGAACGUAGUAGCUGUGGGUUCUCUUUUUGUGCGUCACAACCUAAUGGCUACAGAGGGGGAAGUGUUGAUUGGCAAAAAGAGCAAACUCGAUUGCGUGGAACUGUGCGUCUCAACCUGUAAAAUCACCAAGGCUGGGAUUGGAGGCCCUCUUAUUGACACUGAUGGGGAGUUUGUUGGAAUGAAUUUUUAUCAUGAGGAAGAAACUCCGUUCCUGCCGAGGGAUGUUAUUUACCGCCUCUUGUUGAACUUAAAUAAAGGACGGACUAGUGCAGAUGUCGAGGGUGAUGAAAACAGAUGGCUGUUGACUGGCGAGACACACAGAACUAAUGCUAUUGCAGAGGGUGGUGAAAACAACCGGCGCAAGAGCCUGAAGGAGAGGAAUGCAGCGACUGCCACCCUGGACGCCAACCAGCAGGCGUGGCAGAUGCAGAUGAAAGCCGGCAUCGUGCAAGUCCACCCGGCGUCGCGGUUAGCCUUCGGCGUGGCGCCGAUGCAGUUCAACGGGGCGCCGGUCUAUUGGAAGGACCGGAAUGACAAAUACAUCGAGGCCAUGAUUUUCGGCGGCGGCUUCGUUGGUGACGUCGGGGUCGGGACAAACCCGCAUGAUGAGUGGACACCGAUGCAAGAUGCGGAGGACAUCGAUGGCGCACGGCUGUUCUCCACCCAUCCCACCCAGCCAACACCCGUGUGCGUCGAUGACUUUGAGGAUGCGCCAACAGGGCUUGUCCUCACCACGGACAAUGCUACCAAGAAGAAGGGGGAGAGCCACAGGACACAAGGAUUCAUCAACGACGAGGACAAAUGUAUCCCGGGCCUUGGAGAGGAUGUUCAGUUAACCCAACAGAAUGAUCGACGCAUUAUGCUAGACGGCUCCUCUUUCUCAAAAGAAGCAGCAUACAAUUCACUUCAUGAUCAACAAGCUGAUGACAUAACUGCCUUCAUCUGGGCAUCCCAUGUCCCGAACAAGGUCAAGAUCUUCGGCUGGCUUUUCCACCUCGACAGACUCAACACAAGAUCAAACCUGCACCGCAAGACAAUCAUCGACUCUCCCUCAUGCCCAAGGUGUCCUAACAUAGUAGAAGACCGUCAACACCUCUUCUUCGACUUCCCUGCCGCACGGAUCAUUUGGCAGAGGGCACAGCUGCACCACCUCCUGCUGCGCUACCCCAACUCUUGGAACUUAGAGUCACAGACUCACCUUCCAGUCUCAGUCUGGCCAUCCAUCUUCCUCUCUACUCUCUGGCGCAUCUGGGAAGUCAGGAACUCACUCAUAUUCAGAUAUGUAAUUGUUUCCCCCUCCACAGCUAUCUCUCAUGUAAUUGAUGACCUAUCUCUCUGGUUGCAUAGGUUCAAAAACCCUAAGCAGCGAGAAGAUGUCAUGCAGUGGCGAGACCACCUCUCAGCUUGUAAUUCACACGACUAA